AUGUCCGCCAGUCGGGCAAAGCAAAGCAAGAGAGAUGAGGCUAUCCGGCGUAAGAUGGAGGCCGAUCUCAGCAAAAAGAAACAUGCCCCAGCUCGUGCACGACAUACGCGUAAAGCCCCCCCCGGCACAGUCCUCGCCCUCAAGCCUAGCCAGGCUCUACAGAUCAAGCCGAGCACCACCGUUGCAGAGGCCGCCCAGCUGAUGGCUGCCAAGCGAGAAGACUGCGUCCUGGUUACGGACGAUGACGAUAGAAUCGCGGGUAUCUUUACGGCAAAGGAUCUGGCUUUCCGCGUGGUUGGAGCUGGUAUCAAAGCCAGCCAGGUCACCAUAGAACAGAUCAUGACGAAGAACCCCCUGUGUGCGAGGACAGAUACGAGUGCGACGGACGCUUUGGAUCUUAUGGUCAGGAAAGGCUUCCGACAUCUUCCUGUCAUGGACGAGAAUCAAGAUAUCUCCGGUAUCCUCGAUAUCACAAAAUGCUUCUACGAGGCCAUGGAAAAGCUGGAACGCGCAUACAGUUCCUCCCGGAAGCUUUACGAUGCACUCGAGGGCGUGCAGUCGGAACUCGGCUCGAGCCAGCCUCAACAGAUCAUUCAGUACGUCGAGGCUUUGAGGCAGAAGAUGUCAGGACCUACCUUGGAGUCGGUCUUGAAUGGACUACCUCCCACAACAGUCUCGGUUAGGACCUCUGUAAAAGAGGCUGCCCAGCUCAUGAAGGAGAACCAUACCACGGCAGUCUUGGUGCAAGACCAAGGCUCGAUCACGGGUAUCUUUACGAGCAAAGAUGUGGUCUUGCGGGUCAUUGCGCCGGGUCUCGAUCCGUUGAACUGCAGCGUGGUCAGAGUGAUGACGCCUCAUCCCGACUUUGCACCCACGGACAUGAGUAUUCAAGCAGCUUUGCGGAAGAUGCAUGACGGACACUACCUGAACCUCCCAGUCAUGAACGGUGAAGGCGAGAUCGUCGGUAUGGUGGAUGUCCUCAAAUUGACAUACGCCACCCUGGAGCAAAUUAACACCAUGGGCUCAGGCGAGUCCGAAGGUCCGGCUUGGAACAAAUUCUGGUUAUCAAUGGACAAUGACACCGAAUCCAUCAUGUCGGGUGAGGGCAGCCAUCGCCCAACUACACCCGGCCAUCGUUCGAUGAUGGAAUCCGAGACUAGUCGUCCCGGUUUUGAACGGGGCGAUAGCGUCAUGCCGCACGAUUCCGCCUCACAUCGUGGAGAUGAUGCACAUUCGGAGGUGCUGCCCUCAAUUGAAUCGCCGGUGGAGACCGAGACGCCCUUUCCGUUCAAGUUUAAGGCUCCCAGCGGUCGUGUUCAUCGUAUUCAAGUCCUCGCCAGCCACGGGGUUACUGAAUUGGUCGCCCAGGUUACUUCGAAGCUUGGCGGCGAAGUUGAGGCUGUGGGAGGCGAAGCCGCUGUCGAAGACGGCCAGCUGGGCAAAGCCGGUUACGCACUGAGCUAUAUGGACAACGAGGGAGAUACCGUGUCCAUCACCACAGACCAAGAUCUACUGGACGCGAUAUUGCUCGCGAAGCAAGGCAAGCGGGAUAAGGUCGACCUGUUCGUUCACGACCCGGCACAGCCACCGAUUGCCGCGACCGUUGAUCCACAUCCCCAGCUGUCCAAACCACCCACACCACCGGAGUCUGUGCUGAAGACAGCAGCAGCGGCCGCAGAAGCAGAUGGGGACGACGAGGAUGAAGGAGAAGAAGACGUCCCCGUGGCCAAGACGAUCCGAUCGAAGCGAGCACCGGCCGUACAGCAGCACAAGCAACAGGAGCAGCUGCAGAUCAUUGCCGGCGUGCCGAAUGACUUACUCCUUCCCGGUGCCAUUGUCACUCUUGCUGUGGUCAUUGUCGGUGUUUUUGCGAUUAGUCGAGCAACAGCAAAGUAG